AUGUCAUUCGCAGAGGAAGAUGGCGUUCCAAUAUCGAUUCACAAUGUGGAUUUUUGCAUCAAGGAAAACGGCAAAAAUCAUCGGACUUCUAGAUACGAGCUGAUGACCUGUCAGAAUGAUAGAGCAAGACUCGUUAUCAGACGUGGUCAGGAAUUUUAUCUGCACCUCAAUCUAUCAUAUAAACAUAACUGUUAUUCUUCCACCGACAAAAUUGUUAUCAUCUUUGCUCUGGAUGGCGUAAGGCCACAACUUGGAGAUGGGACGCUAGUAGCAAUUACACUGUGCGAUUCCAGGCACAAUUAUUCCAAUGACUUUUGGCAGGCCUUCAUAGAUUGCCGUGGAACAAAUUUCUUAAGAAUAAAAGUUGUGACAUCGGUAAAUGCGAUUAUAGGCAAGUGGAAUAUGAAUAUUGGUACCUCUCGCAAGAAUUUCAGUAGUAUUGGCAGUUACACGAUGGAUCAUCCGUUUUAUUUGAUCUGUAAUCCGUGGUGCAAAGACGACGUGGUGUAUAUAGAUAACGAGGCUGAGCGUCAAGAAUACGUGUUGAUGGAGGAUGGUUUAAUUUGGCGUGGCACUCACAAUCGUUUGCAACCCACUAUAUGGAAGUACGCGCAAUUCGAACGGGACAUCUUGGAUUGCGCCCUGUACCUAAUGAACGAAGUCGGUAAAGUUCGUGUUUGCGGCAGGAAUGACCCGGUUAUUAUAACGCGUUGUUUAUCUGCCGCGGUGAACUCCCCCGACAACAAUGGAGUAAUGAUGGGAAAGUUAGAAAUGACGGGAAAAUGGUCAAUCGACUACGUCGAUGGUAUACCACCUACGAAGUGGAUGGGCUCGCAGAAAAUACUCCAGCAAUAUUACGAGACAAAGGAACCGGUCAAGUACGGGCAUUGCUGGGUCUUCUCCGGUGUGCUGGCGACGAUUUGUCGUACUUUGGGCAUACCAUGUCGAGUGGUGACCAACUAUUCGAGCGCGCAGGUUACUCAGAACAGCUUGAUCGUGGAAUAUGUCGUUGAAGGUGUCAAUAUCAAGGAAGAGCUCAGCGAUUCCGUAUGGAAUUUCCACGUUUGGAAUGAGGUAUGGAUGAAACGACUGGAUCUGUCGCCGGAUUGUUCGGGAUGGCAGGUAAUCAACGCGACUCGUCAGGAACUGCGCGAUGACGCUUAUCGUUGCGGACCGGCAUCGGUAGCCGCCGUGAAGAACGGGGAACUCCUGCGUCCCUAUGACAACGCGUUCGUUUUCGCCCAGGUGAACGCAGACAAAGUCUACUGGCGUUGGCCACUUGACAAAGUAUAUAAUCCAAAAUACUAUGGACCGCAGCAGCCGUUAAAGUUAAUUGGCAAGGAUAAGUUCUGUAUUGGCCGGCUGAUCUGUACGAAAGCAGUUGACAGAUGGGUAAUGGAAGACAUCACACACACUUACAAGUAUCCAGAAGAAUCCGAUGAAGAAUGUGCUGUUAUGGUAAAAGUGCUGCGCCAGAGCAAAUUUCCAAAUAGCUAUUAUCUCAAUGAGGAAUCCAACGACGUCAAAUUCACUUUAGAACUGCGCGAUGACAUCAUAAUUGGGCAGCCAUUCAGUGUCAUAUUACUGAUAAAAAAUCAGCAUUCGACGAUGUCGAAUCGGCAUCGUGUGAAUGUAGAUUUAAUUGUGGAACCUAUGCUAUACACCGGAAAGAACUCUUACGAUGAUAUGAGGACAUACCGCAACAUACAGUUCCGAUUAGGGAAGCUCGAGGAAAUUCGCGAAGACUUUUCCUGGAAGGAGUACAGUUCAAGAUUGUUGGAUCAAUGCACUUUGAAUAUCACUUGUCUCGUCACCGUGGAGGACACAAACGUUGAAUAUUUUGUGCAGGACGUCUUCCGUGUUAGGAAACCCGACAUUAAAAUCACGUUGCAUAACGAUGCGAUUGUUGGUCAAACUCUUCGUGCUACGGCUAAGUUCCGCAAUCCGUUGCCGAUUCCUUUGAGGAAGGGUAGAUUCCUUAUCGAGGGGCCCGGUUUGGACGAACAGUUGAAGCUAAAGCUAUCGGAAGAUGUUGGGGUGGUUGCAGACGCAAAAUGUAGCUUCUCCAUGAUACCAAAGUUAGAAGGACGUGCCAUAAUAGUGGCGAAGUUUUAUUCGAUUGAAUUAGACGAUGUCGAUGGAUAUUCCAAUUUUAUAGUCAAAUCAACAAAAAUCAAUAAUUCUUAGUGUUUGCGAUUAUAUUCUAUGAUACUUUAGUCUAUAUAUAUAUAGUGUGGCGUGUCAUGUUUUUUUAAAUUUUUAUUUUCGAUUUAUAUACUUAUACAUAUUUUUAGAUUUGUAUUUUUAGUAUUAAUGUAAUAAUUUUUUGCAGCAGGAACAGGAUAGUUAUUGCGAACUUGUAAUCUUAAUUAUGCAAUUGCUUGAUGCCAGAAAUAGAAUGUAAUAGUUUAAAAGUUGUAAAAUUAAU